GCGCGCGUGGCCUGAAGCGCUUUGUGCUCUGUCGUGCGGCGCGCGCCGAUCCGCGUCACUCCGGUCUGGAGCGCAACACAACAAGAGGAGAGAGACAGGGACAAAAACGCAGAAGACUUGCAGAGACACGGGCUGGGCUGGGCAUGUUAGACAAAACUAAACAAAAAAUAUAUAUAAUGACCAUGCUUUUGAGCUUUCUUUAAAAAUGGCUCCAUCAUCAUCAAGUUUCCUCAUGGUGCUUCCAUCAUCAUCAUCAUCAUCAUCAUAAACAAUCAUCUCAGAUUGCAUAGUAGGUAACCAUCUAAAUCGUUAUCUCUCUCUUUCUGUGCCAUCUCUUUUUUGCGCACGCACGUAUUAGUUUUGGACAGAAAUGAAAAGAAAGAUGCACCUAAACCCGAACGUGUGGAGUGAAAGAUGCGCGUGAUCGUGUGCGCAGUAGGGUGAGAUGUUGAUGUGUUGAGGAGGGCAGGAGCGCAGCUGAUUGGAGACUAAUCCCUUUUCCCCCCGGGGCCGUUUGCAGAGCCCCGAGCCAGAAUUCCUGCUCAGCUCUCCUCCACUCUUAUUCGGAAAGGAUCUCAGCUCACACACACACACACACACCAACACACACACACACACACUGUCUCUCUGCUUCUCUCAGUCUCACACUUCAACCAAAAAAACUGGAAGCGUGAAGCAUAAAGACACGAUCGAUCUCAUGCGUUAGAGAGACCCGGACUGAGCCAUGACUUCCAAGGAGGGAAGAAGCAUGUCUCGCCUCUCUUUGACCCGCUCUCCAGUGUCUCCUCUGGCAGCGCAGGGCAUCCCUCUUCCUGCUCAGCUGACUAAAGCCAACGCCCCCGUUCACAUCGAUGUAGGAGGACACAUGUACACCAGCAGCUUGGCUACACUCACAAAGUACCCAGACUCAAGAAUCAGUCGGCUGUUUAAUGGCACAGAGCCCAUCGUGUUGGACAGUCUGAAGCAGCACUACUUUAUUGACCGGGACGGGGAGAUUUUCCGUUACAUUCUCAGCUACCUUCGCACCAGCAAACUGCUACUUCCUGAAGACUUCAAGGAGAUCCAUCUGCUGUACGAGGAGGCGCGUUAUUACCAGCUGAGCCCUAUGGUGAAGGAGCUGGAGCGCUGGAAGCAGGAGCGAGAGCAGCGGCGAGGAGCUCAGCCCUGCGAAUGCCUGGUAGUGCGCGUGACCCCUGACCUGGGCGAGAGGAUUGCCCUGAGUGGAGACAAAGCUCUCAUUGAGGAGAUCUUCCCCGAGACGGGAGACGUCAUGUGCAACUCGGUCAACGCCGGCUGGAACCAGGACCCCACUCACGUCAUUCGAUUUCCUCUAAACGGAUACUGCAGACUCAAUUCUGUACAGGUGCUGGAGAGAUUGUUCCAGAAAGGCUUUACCAUGGUGGCAUCAUGUGGUGGAGGAGUGGACUCGUCUCAGUUCAGCGAGUACAUCCUGAGCCGUGAGGACAGACGCUGUCAGACCAUCCACACGCCCAUCCGGAUAAAACAGGAGCCGCUGGACUAGCGCAUCGCCUCCUCGCCUCCGUCGCACCCGCAAAACAUCAGCUGUGGACUAGAAUGAGCCGAGUGUGUACUUCUUUACUGGCUCACUGGACUGUUGAUGAGCCCAUUCUGAUGGACCUCUGUGAUACUCUUAACUAUAAAAGACAUCUGACUGAACACUAAGACUCACUAGAGAGAUGUUUAAAAAAAGACAAAAAAGACAAAA